CUAUGAGAUGAGCUGCCCCAGCAUUACUACGACAUAUGGUGACCCAGUAUAUAGAUCAGUCAGCUGUGAGGGGAGAACCUUCAAAGCAUUUCAUACCCUAGGAACCUUCGGAGAACCUACUAUGCUCCACUCUGUCUGUCCACUUUAGAAAGUUGUGGGAACACUUCUAAGGAAGAUGGCGCUGAAUGUUCCCGGCUUGAUAGCUGUGAUCAUUUUCUACGCCAUGACUCUACUGACCGGCCUUUGGGCUGCCUGGAAAGCCAAGAGAAGCGAGCGGAACAAGAGGCAAACUGAGGUAGCCAUUGUCGGGGGAAGGAACCUGAAUAUAUUUGUUGGGCUAUUCACCACUACUGCCACAUGGGUUGGAGGAGCCUAUAUUAAUGGGACGGCAGAAAUCGUUUACCUUCCAACAAAAGGACUGGCAUGGGUUCAUGCGCCAUUAGGAUUUGCAGCAACAUUCAUCAUUGGUGCCCUUUUCUUUGUCAAGCCAAUGAGGUCUAAAAAUUAUGUGACGAUGAUGGAUCCUCUACAAGAAUCCUUUGGAGAUACAAUGGGGAGCAUUCUGUUUAUUCCACCAUUACUGGGAGACAUUUUUUGGUUUGCAUCAAUUCUGGCUUCUUUGGGAGCCACAGUCAGAGUUAUUCUAGAUGUCAAAGGAUACAUAUCUAUAAUAAUAUCGGCUUGUACGGUCAUUCUGUAUACUUUGCUUGGUGGACUCUAUUCCGUGGCGUAUACAGACGUCAUCCAGAUGCUCUUUAUGCUAGUCAGUCUGUGGAUUUGUGUACCAUUUGCUCUUCUAAAUUCUGCAUCUGAAAACAUUGCUUACACAGCAGUGCACGAACUCUACCAAGGGCCGUGGAUUGGUAAUAUACAACCAAAGUACAUUGCAAGAUGGUUGGAUGAUUUCGCUUUUCUGAGUCUGGGAGGCAUUGCAUGGCAGACUUACUUUCAGAGAGUCCUUGCUUCAUCAUCUUCCAAGCAAGCGAUGGUGACUUCCUAUGUCUCUGGAGUGCUCUGUGCCAUCAUGGGUAUUCCAUCUAUUCUCAUUGGGGCUGUGGCGGUCUCCACUGACUGGAACCAGACUAGCUAUGGCUUGCCAACACCCUACGAGAGAGAUGAGGCCAAUAUGAUUCUUCCGCUUGUUCUCCAGUACUUAUGUCCAACCUAUGUGUCAGUCGCCGGGCUGGGAGCCAUAGCUGCGGCUGUUAUGUCCUCUGCGGACUCUUCGCUUCUGUCAGCCAGCUCUAUGUUUGCCUACAAUAUCUACAAGAAGAUGCUAAGGAAAACAGCUUCAGAAAGAGAAGUCUUAUGGGUCAUGCGCCUCUCCAUGGUCAUACUGGGCUCUGCAGGUACAGGACUGGCAUUUCUAUCCAACUCUGUGUAUGACUUGUGGUUCCUGAGCGGGGAGCUUGUAUACGCUCUACUAUUCCCACAACUUUGCUGUGCCCUCUUCAUCCCCGGCACCAACGUCUAUGGCUCAGUAGCUGGAUUUUUCUUGGGUUUCCUUUUAAGACUCCUUGGGGGAGAAAAUACCUUAAAAAUUCCUCCGGCUCUUCAUUACCCCGGAUGCAUCCUUGUUGAUGAUACCUAUGUGCAGUUAUUUCCCUUUAAGACAUUCACUAUGCUGGUCAGUCUGAUCACCAUCAUCGUCACGUCAUAUCUGGCGCAGGUUCUGUUCAUGAAAAAGAUUUUGCCGAUCCGGUGGGAUUUGUGCAAUGCGUUUCGAAAGGAUCCAAAUCACCUCAGUGAACACGAACUAGAGGAGCGGGUGGGACUGCAGACCACAUGAGACCAAGAGAACUUUUCAGAAGAGGACAAUUGUCCAUGUAUUUUUCCAAAAAUAAUUGUAUGCAAUAAUAAUAAUACUACAAUGUAAAUAAGUGCAGAGUGAUAAUAUUUUAUAUAGACCGUGUGGUGGUAAAAUGCUAAUGAGAAAAAUUGCUUUACCUAAAAUUAUGUAGAUACAAAGAUUUUAUUUUGGAGGUGGUGACUUCUCACCAUAAAUGAAAGAUGAAAGGCUCAGACAUGCUUGGUGCAGCUUGUUUAGUUGCUUCUAAUUUACAAUCCUUGUCAGUGCUGUAAUAUGCUCUUUAUGUACUGUACUCCUGGUGAGCUUGUGGUGAGCUCAUGCAGCCAAUCAGAAAAUACAGAGCUGCAGUUCAAUGAUUGGAAGAGAUACAGCAGCAGUCUGUGGCCCUGUUCACACAAUGUUUUGUUGGUUGAGAGAGAGGACCUGUGGUCAACCCCAUACAUAAGAUUUGAGUGAACUGAUCACACCCCUUUUUACAUUUUCUUGAUACGCCCUUCUGUUCCUGAGAUGAGGGUUUGUAGUUUGUCUGACAUUUCAGGGAAUCAGAUGGGCGUGAACUUAAUUUUAAAAAAGUGGGAGUGGCUAUCAUGUGAUGGGCGGGGUUAUACAGUCAGAGGUGUGGAUGCUGCACAUUGAGGGAGCUUGGAUACCUAAUAUACACUCUCUGGGGGAGAUUUAUGAAAACCUGUCCAGCGGAAAAGUUGCUGAGUUGUCCAUAGCAACCAAUCAGAUCGCUUCUUUC